ACUCACAUCAAACUGAAGCAGCAUUUCCACUAUCACAUUCAUCUAAUCAUCACUCUCAAGAGAUCAGAUCGAUCCAAAUGGAGUUUUCUAAUCAUCACUUCAUAGUUCCCAUCUCCAUCAUCAUCACAGCUUUAGCCAUUACCAUUAGAGAAACGGCAUCCCAAACUCUUCUCAAUGGUAAUAAUGUGGCCGAAACCCCGACACCCCAAGGCGCCGGAUAUUUCGUGGCGAAACCCCCGAGGCGCGCCGGGUCACCGAAAUCGGCCAUCGGUUCACAGAAGUCCGCUGUCAUCAAUCAGUUCGUUGACGG